UUCAAAAGUGCUACAAUCGUCUUGCAACGACAAUCCUUAAAACAACAAUCAUGAAGUGCAUCGCAGCUGUAGUCAUGAUGGCCGUCGCCCUCGCCGUUGCUGAAGGAUCCGUCCUCCCGUUAUCCUGGUCCGCUCCACUGGCUCUGGCUGCUCCUCACACAACUGUUGUUCAGCAGAAUUUGGGUGCCUCCCUGAUUCACGCCGCUCCAUGGGCUCAUGCCAUUGCUCCUGCUCCUGCUAUCAGCUAUGCCGCCCACGCUUCGGUUAUCCCAACUACGAUCGUUCAACAGCCAGCCAUUGCCGUGAUCGCUCAGAAGGAGGGUCGUUAUCUGGCGGCCACUCGUGGAGCCAUUCAUGAUGCCCCACUCGCCGGACACGCCAUUUCCCAACAGUCCCUGAAUCUGGCCCCAGCCCCAGGAACUCUGUAA